UCGCGCAUCAUCGCGCACUAUUUGACGUUUCUGUGACCCCGCCUUCCGGAAGGAAGUCACGGUGGGCGACUAUGGCGACUGUCACGGAGCAGUGGGUAUUGGUGGAAAUGGUACAGGCGCUCUACGAGGCUCCUGCUUACCAUCUUAUUUUGGAAGGAAUUCUAAUACUCUGGAUAAUUAGACUGCUUUUCUCUAAAACUUACAAAUUACAAGAACGAUCGGAUCUUACAGUCAAGGAGAAAGAAGAAUUGAUUGAAGAGUGGCAGCCAGAACCUCUUGUUCCUCCUGUCUCUAAAGACCACCCUGCUCUGAACUACAACAUCGUUUCAGGCCCUCCAAGCCACAACAUUGUGGUGAAUGGAAAACAGUGUAUAAACUUUGCCUCAUUUAAUUUUCUUGGAUUGUUGGAUAACCCUAGAGUAAAGGCAGCAGCUUUAGCAUCUCUUAAAAAGUAUGGCGUGGGGACUUGUGGACCUCGAGGAUUUUAUGGCACAUUUGAUGUGCACUUGGAUUUGGAAGAUCACCUAGCAAAAUUUAUGAAAACAGAAGAAGCCAUUAUAUAUUCAUAUGGAUUUGCCACCAUUGCCAGUGCUAUUCCUGCUUACUCUAAGAGAGGGGACAUUGUGUUUGUAGAUAGAGCUGCCUGCUUUGCUAUUCAGAAAGGAUUACAGGCAUCACGUAGUGACAUUAAAUUAUUUAAACAUAAUGAUAUGGCUGACCUGGAGCGACUGCUAAAAGAACAAGAGAUUGAAGAUCAAAAGAAUCCUCGGAAGGCUCGUGUAACUCGCCGUUUCAUUGUAGUGGAAGGCUUGUAUAUGAAUACUGGAACUAUUUGUCCUCUUCCAGAGUUGGUGAAAUUAAAAUAUAAAUACAAAGCACGAAUCUUUCUGGAGGAAAGCCUCUCAUUUGGAGUUCUUGGAGAUCACGGCCGAGGCGUCACGGAGCAUUUUGGAAUCAAUAUUGACGAUAUUGAUCUUAUCAGUGCAAACAUGGAGAACUCCCUUGCUUCUAUCGGGGGCUUCUGCUGUGGCAGGUCUUUUGUAAUUGACCAUCAGCGACUUUCUGGCCAGGGCUACUGCUUCUCAGCUUCAUUACCUCCCCUGUUAGCUGCUGCUGCAAUUGAGGCUCUCAACAUUAUGGAAGAGAAUCCAGGCAUAUUUGCAGUAUUGAAGGAAAAAUGCAUACAGAUUCAUAAAGCUUUACAAGGCAUUUCUGGCUUAAAAGUAGUGGGGGAGUCAUUUUCUCCUGCGUUUCACCUGCAACUCGAAAAGAGCACUGGGUCUCGAGAAGAAGAUGUCAGACUACUUCAGGAAAUUGUAAAUCAAUGCAUGAACAGAAGUGUGGCAUUAACUCAGGCACGCUACUUGGAAAAAGAAGAGAAGUGCCUCCCUCCUCCGAGUAUUAGAGUUGUGGUCACGGUGGAACAAACAGAAAAAGAACUGGAGAAAGCUGCAUCCACUAUCAAAGAGGUGGCCCAGGCUGUGCUGCCCUAGGCAGUGUCUCAGCCUGGUGGACGCCGCCACACAAGAAGCAGAGAAGACUCAA